CUCAUAGUAAGUAUCAUAUAAAAUUGUCCAGAGUAACUACAAAACGGGCUCUAAGAGCUUCCUUCAGUUCCGCUUUAAUUUGUUCGAAGCAUCCCUACAUCACGAUUCUUCUUCUCACCUUUAUUCAACAAUCAUUACACCACUUCUCUACUUUCCAGAGGCCUCCAUCCAGCUAUGUCCACCACACCACCCUCCUCUAUCCUCCUCUUCGGCGCCGGCGAACUCGGCACCGCCAUCCUCGACGCCCUCCUCCCCUACUUCCCCAACCCCCAAAACCUCACCCUCGCCGUCCGCGACCCCUCAAAAUACACCUCUCUCACCCCCCACAAAAUCAACUUCCUCCCCCUCGACCUCCUCACCGCCACCCCGGCCUCCCUCGCCACCCACUUCUCCGCCUUCUCCGUCGUCAUCUGCGCAAACGGCUUCGGCCUACCCCCGGGCUCGCAACUCCUCAUCGCGCGCGCGGCGCUCGCCGCGGGGAAGCUGCGAAAAGAGAACGGAGAAGCGCCGCUGCGGUUUUUUCCGUGGCAAUGGGGCGUUGAUUACGAUGUCACUGGGGAUGCGGGGGGCUUGAUGCCGUUAUUUGGCGAGCAGUUGGCUGUGAAGGAGUUGUUGCGCGCGGAGACGACUGAGGCGGGGGUGCAGUGGAUGGUGGUGAGUACGGGAAUUUUUAUGAGCUUUUUGUUUGAGGGGGCGUUUGGGGUUGUGGAGACGGUUAAGGAAGAGGGGAAGGGGAAGGGGAAGGAAGUCGUGGUGAGGGCGUUGGGAGGUUGGGAGAAUAGAGUUACGGUUACGACGGUGGAGGAUAUUGGGAGGAUUGCUGCGAGGUUGGUUUGUGAGCCUAACGGGGUUGAGGCGGGGGAGAGGGUGGUUUAUGCGGCUAGUCAGACGAUUAGUUAUGGGGAGCUGGCGGGGGUGGUGGAGAGGGUGCUCGGGAGGGGGUUGAGGAGGGAGGUGUGGAGUGUGGAGUUCCUGAAGGAGGAGCUGGGGAGGGAGCCGGAGAGUGUCAUGAGGAAGUAUCGGAUUGUGUUUGCGGAGGGGAAAGGGGUUAGUUGGGGCGAGGAGGAGACGGUCAAUAGGAGGUGGGGGAUGGAGGUUACUGAUGUUGAGACUUGGGCCAGGGAGAAUUAUAGGGUCUGA